AUGAGUACGAGAGAGACUGGCUGGGCUGCGCAAAUGUUGCGUAGCCCCAGGCAAAUGCACCCAGCUCGAGCUCGAGAGGAAGAAAUAUCGCGAAAUGGAGCCGAAGAAGCCGAAGGUUACUUUGCGGAAUUGUCCCUUGAGGUAAUGCAGGCCCGGGCCUAUCUCUCCCUGGACUCUCGUUUGUUUUUGCGACAAAAGCGGGCCCUGGAUAUGAGUUUGCUGCGCAUGUCCCGCAGGCUCGAGCAGAGCACAAUUGAAGCAAGCUGUGUCGCUGCCGCUAGGUCUGAUCAACCUAUCGUGUCUGAUGCCGCCAUGGACCGCGGUGGAAAUCAACAAAAUGCCUCGGGUGACGACCCAAGGUACCCAGAAUUCGACGUCGGAGAUACCUUCGACAUUGGUGAUGAGCCAAAAAUGAGCAACCUUACAAAUGGAGGCCAUCUCCCCCCUGCUCCUCCACCUCUGCCUCCCCCUCCCCCUCCCUCUGCGCAUCCUGCCACUCUUGCUGCAGUGCAUGGUUUCGCCCCAGCGGUUGCUGCGGAGGGGAUUCCGCGCAACCCAGACCUAGCCGAGCUGUGUACCCGUGUCCUCCAGGCACAGGUCGACUCAUGCCGGGCCGAGGCCGAUGCCGCGCAAGCUGAAGCAAAUGCAGCCCAAGCCCGGGCUGACCUGGCCUUCCUCGAGGCUGAACUUGCCGUGGCUUUGCCUUCAGCGCCUUUCGGGGACGUCGACGAGUCCACUCACGCAGUGGACCUUACUCCGGACCACAACCUGUGA